UAUCGGGGGGCGGAGCGGCCACCUGCCAACAAGCCCCUCGCUGAUUCGCUGCAGGGCAGGCUGGCGCCUACCAACUCCGGGAGGGGAGGAGUUGGGGAGGGAAGGGAGGAAGGAAAGAGGCGCUGCUGAGGCAAGGGGAGCCCUAGGGCGCCUCGGCUCGCGGGAACAACGCAUCCCGUGUGUCACCACCCUGCCAAGCCCGGCGGCCAGAACCAGCGGUCCGUUUCUGGCAUGUACACACGCUCCCCUCUCACAAAUGGAACCGUCCCAGGCUGUACCAAGCCCCAGGAAAGGGAGCUAUGUUCUGGGUACUCAACGCCGCCGUCGCAGAACUCAAGCGGGUGUUGGACACAUCCUCCCAGGGAGCAGGCGGGCGGGCCCACGACUUCCUUCACCGAAGGGAAGUGCAGGAAGAGGCUCCCCUUCUAGGGCUCCAGUUGGUUCCGUCGUCGGCGUCUGGUUGCUAGGCAACGCGGCGGGGCGCGCCCAUUCCGCCGGCGGUGCGGAUCGCCCCUCCGGGUGGUGCUCCCCGUCCGCACGUGGACAGCGGGGCAUCGUGGCACAGGUGGUAAAAUGGCGCAGUGAGUUAGUCAAAUGUUCUCUCAGUACCGUCACUGAAGCAGCAGCAUGGAUUAGAGCCCUGCAGUGUGGGGAUGGUGCAGAAGCUGCGUGUGCCUUGGCUGCAGCAUUUGAAGAUCCCGGGUGCCAGGCAGUGUACCUGGUCACGGAUGCUGUCCUUGAGAGCACUUCAGAGGAAAUCUGUCACUUUCUUAUAGAGACUGGGGAGUCACGCCCUGUGCACACUGUAUACCUGGUGGGAAAUCCAGGUGAUUUUGAAAGCCACACACAAAAAAUAAUGGAAAAAGUAGCCAGACAGUCUGGAGGAUCCUUUAGGGUGAUCAGCCUCCACACAGCUAGUGCUUCAGAUGAGGUAAACGCCAAAUGCUCAAAUGUCCACUGUUGCAGCGCAGUCAGUAAUCGUUCAGGUUGUUCAUUGCUGUUGGGGUGCCCUAAAAAACACUUUCCUACUUGUGGAUGGAGACCAGAUCCUCCUACUCUACCCCUGGCAUCGUCAGCAAAGGAGAAUUUAAUGGACAUAUCCCUAGAGGUACCCUAUUUACUGAGGGGGGUUCGGAUCCUAGCCAGGAGAGAGACUGAUGGGUAUUACUACCAAGGCCACAUUGCCCAACAGGUGAAGAGUUCUGGGGAACGGUUUUUAAUUGAGUUUGAGAGAAGUCGCUUACAGAAAGGCAAGGUGCAGCAUCGAAUGCAAGAAACCCCCCUCUAUGAUAUCAUCCAAUAUGAAGAUGCCAGGCGGUUGCCUCUAGCUCCAGGAGAUAGGGUCUUGGCACCCUGGGAGCCCAAAGGUGAACGAUAUGGCCCAGGCACUGUACUGCAGGUUGCAGAGAGCAAAGCAGCACAUUUAGUGCCUAAUGACAGAGAAGUGCUUGUGAAUUUCUGGAAUGGGCAGACUAAGAAGGUGCGUGCUGACCAAGCUCUGUGGAUCCCUUUGCCCUUAAGUGAGCGCAUCAUCUUAGAACUUCAGAUGCCCUUGGCAGCCAGGCAGAUGCUGGUGGAAUCCAGCUCAGACUAUCCCUAUGUUGUGACACCUGGUUACAGAGCAUCAGGGCACUGCAGACAUUUAGAUCCUGUUCACUGUCAGAGCACCUCACAAGUCCAGUCAUAUCCUGAUUGCUGUUUUCUGUGUCCGUCACUUUGCCAUUGCUGCCCUGUAGCCUGGGUACCCAUUAGGCCCAGGGUGACCAGAGUUCAAUCAGAUGAUGACCUGAUCCCAGGAACAAGCCUGACCAAAGAAGAGCUGAGCAGGAAGACAGAAGAGCAGCUGUCUAAAGGGAGCACCCCCACUUCAGAAUGGGUCUCCAGAGAGGAAGAGAAAGAAGAAAAAAAGGCAGCAAAGAAAGGAAGUGCCCCUAAAGACUUAGAAUCUUGGAUGGAGAACCCUCAGGAGUUGAACCGUGCCAGAGUUGAUAUGGCUGUCAACACAGACAGCUGCCUAAUGGAGUUAAUGCACAAAGACAGAGAAGGCAAGAAGUACCAUGAGGCUGACCCUGAGGCUCAUUUUAAGAAUGAUCCAGGUCUUUUACAGUCCAGAAUUGCAGAAGGUCCAGCCCAGCAAUCCCAAACAAACCCUUCCACUAAAGUCCAUGCUUUCAGCACUUCUGGUCGCCAAGCUUGGUUUCACCGAGUGGAUCAGUCUCUAAAGAAAGACCGCUUGACUAUUGAAUCUGCCCUGUGUGUGCGGAGACCCCACAGCUCUCCAACUGUGCAGAAAUCUGCAAUUACCAAUGCAACUGAAGAGAGCCUGAGAGAGGCAAACUUCGAUGCAGCCAGGAUUGAGCACAAAAGGCAGCAAGAGAAGCAGAGGCAGGUAAAGAGGGAGCAACAACAACUGGCAGAAGGCCUGAGACGCCAGCUGCUGCAGGACAGCCGCAGGCAGAGAUCUCUUCAGAGAAUGUUGCAAGGGUUGGAGAAGCAGCUGGAGCACAAUGAGCAGGCCUGCCAGCACAUGGUACAGCUCCAAGCUGCCAGGGCAGAGAGGAACAGAAAGGAAUCCUCUCUGCAAGAGGAGGAGAAAAAAAAGGAGACUCAAAGGCUGCAGUUCCUAAAGGCACAGCGUCUGCAGAGAGAGAAAAUUCUGGCAGAAUACAAUGACAGGAUCUCUGACCACAACAAAAAGAGACAGGAUUUGCUCAGGACCAGAAGGCAGUCCCAACAGGAGAUCUUGAAACAAGAAUUACAGGAGCAGCACGCUCAGCAGAGAAAGCAUGAGGUUACCAAAUGGAGAGCAUUCCAAAAGCGGGACCAGUUGCAUCAGAGACUGGAAAAGGAAUGCCAAAAACAUCAGGACCUCCAGCAGUACCUCAGGGAGCAGAGCCUUUUGAUGCUCCGUGCCUCCUUGCUGUUGUAAAAAGGCUGCAGUGCAGGUAAUCAGUCCCCUGAGCACUAUCUCACGUCUGCUAUAUAUGUUGUAGAUGUGAACCAAUGUACUGGGCCUGAGUUAUAAUGCAGUGAUGAGAAACAGAUGACAGUCAUUCUUGGAAAUAUUUAUAUCUCCUCUUGAGCAUAGCCAGAGUCUAUUUGCAGGUACCCGUCCCUCACAAACCUUUCUUGUUGGAGAGGUGAAUCUAUCUGCUGUGAAGACAGUCAGGUCAGUAAAACUGCUGGCUGGUUUCUAUUUUGUCUUACAUGCUAAAUAUGUAGUGACUUGGGAGGUGGACACAAUCUAGAAUAGAGAUGAGAUAUAACAUGCAUCAAAGAUGUUUGCAUUGUGAUGUGCCAGGACAAAAAAUCCAGCUCUGUUGAGUUUCUGACAGAACCGUCCAGCCAGGGAGCAGAAAGAUGACAGGCUGUCUCCUAUAGAAGACCACUGAGACUAGACCUGCUGCGCUGUCUUCUGAACUCUUUAGUGCCAAGAAGAUAUAAACCAACUGAGGGAGUUCAGAGAAGAACAGCAAAAUGGCAGAAGGGUUUUAGGACUAACUCAUAUAGGAGACAAAGAACACAAAGCAUACUACUACCAGGCAAGGGGACAUCAGGCUGUAAGUACUUUCAAGCUACAAACCCAGAGGGACAAAAUGCUGUAUGCUAGUAAAAGGGGUAUGGGUUAGGACUAGGGAGGGGGAAAGACAAACAAUCAAGGCAAAAAAAAGUCUGGAGAAGCUUCGUGAAAGGGAGAGUUAGCAGGCUGGUUAACUGUCCCAGGAGACAGAUGGAAGUCACAACCCUCCCCCCCCCCAAUACCCAUUUAAAAGUAUUGGGUUGUAUUGUUGGGGAUAGUCCUGGACUGGCAGAAGAAUAAGCCUGCUAAGUGUUUUUCUGCUCCUUAUGGAACAGAAGACUGAGAGCACUUUUCUUCUGCACAAGGUUACUAAAGUGUGUUUAAUACACAAGAAGCCUGUAGAAUAGGAAAGGCAGUCGUAUGGCAUUCUAUCAGGGGUACAACUAGGACAUGGGUCACUGGGGCUUGACAAGGUCCAGACCAGAGUCACGAGUCAGGGGGUCUAGAGCAGGCAGCUGUAGGUAUAAAGGACUGGGACAUAUGUGAUCAGCAGACUGGAGCUAGCUGUUGAAAGAUGGGUGUCUGGUCUGGAAUAAGGAGUCAGCAGGAAGGAACCAGGAAACUAGGAAUCAGUAUGCAGAACCCUAAGAACAAGAAGUCAGAUGCUUGAGGGUAGGCAGAAACUAAGCUGUUGAGCACACAAGAGCUGCUUUUAUAAGCAGGCAGACACACCCAUGCAGGCAACUGGGGCCACCUGGAAGCAGUUAAGCUGCUGACAGCCUGGCCUGCUCAGCUAACAAGGGCCAGCUGGGGGCUUUUCAGCUUGUCUGCUGCCUGGACUUGUGAGGCAUUCUUCCCAGUGCACGUGCUAUAGUGGCAUGGUAUCCUGUGAGAGCCCUGAAAAAGGGGAAGUCAGGGAAGAGUUGUGCAUAAAGUUUGUGGUCAUAGAAAUAGCUUAAUUCACAUGGCACAGUGAGGUGUCAGUGUCCAACCUGCAGCAUUCAGCACAAACUACCUUGAAGUUUCUCCUCCCAGUCAAGAGGACACUUGCAAACAAGACAGUUGGUGGAAGCACGGUAUGUGAGUAAGCUGGACUGCUUGUUACCAGGAUUGGUGCAGAGGCAGAAAGGAGUCUGUACAAGAGAUCAGAGCUUUGGA